AUGGCUAAGAAAGAGAAGAAUGUGGCAUGUGAGAGUGAGAGUGAAAGUGAGAGUGAGAGUGAAGAUGAAAGUGGUGAUGAUGAGAUCGAUCAACAUCUUGCACGCCUAAGCAAGAAAGACAAGUUGAUGGUGCUCAAGCUCAUAGAGAAAAUUGAAGAUCAAGAAGAAAAACUCCAUGAGCAAGAUGAGUUUGUCAUCAAAAAGAUCAAAUGCUUGGAGAAGUUGACCAAAGAGUAUGAAAAGCUUAAGUGCUCUCAUGCUAAAGAUGAGAAUGAUAUGCUCAAGGACAAAGUGGAGAGUCUCACUAGCAAGAAUGAGACUUUGCAAGAAAGUCAUGAAAAUGAAGAGCUCAAGGAAGAGGUUGAGAGGCUAAGAAGGGAUUUGAUUCAAUGGGAAGGCAAGUGCAAUGCUCAACCUUCUCAAGAUAACCGUGAAGACAUGAUGAAGAAGCUUGAGAAGGGAUCAACUAAUGCAUGCAUCAGGCUCCAUCUAGAAGGCCACAAGUCAAACAAUGGCAAAGUCAAGGGACAAGCUAGAAAUGUGCAGUCUGUCCAAAAUGCAGCAGUUGUGCUCAAGGCUGUGAGGGUUCAUGAAUGUGGCAGUGCCGCAUCCCAGUGCGAUGGUGCUACACCUAGACAAAACAGGAAAGUCCCCAAGGUCACAAAGGUGCACUUUCAACCAAAGAAGACUCUCAUCACUUGCUUCAAGUGCAAGAAAGAGGGUCACCAUGUCAGAGAUUGCACUCUGAAGAAAGAAGAGAAGGGCAUGAGCAAGAUCCAAGAGAAGAACAAAAUGGCUCAUGUCAAGUGCUCCAACAUGGGACACAAUGCCUCUAUGUGUUCCAGCAAGGCUAAUGACCAAGCAACACUUCCAAACAUGAAGAUAAGAAGAAGCAAGAGGAAGUGUUAUGGAUGUAAUAAGAAGGGUCAUGAAAUUGCAUCAUGCCCCUACAUGAGGGAUGAAGUCUUGGCAUCAUCAAGUAAGAGGCUUGUCAACAAGUUUACAUGA